CUCCUUUUCCCUUAGCUGCGGCUUCAACAACUUGGAAACGCCUCUCCACCUCUCCACUCUCAGACUCUGCUCUCUCUAACCCAGGAAGAUAGAAGAAAAUCUUGAGAAAGCUGUGUGGUGUUCCCUCAUGGAAGCUAUUGUUAAAAGUCUUGACUAUGUUCUCCCAGUAAAUGAAGAGAUUUGAUGUUUAUGUGUGUUAUAUUGAACUGUUUCUAUAAGAAGCGUGUCUGGUCUUGAAACUGAAUCCUGGUGAUUAAGAUGAAGUUCUUAAUGGAUGAUGCUAGAGGCUGAAGAAUCCUUUUGGGACACUUAAGCAGUUGGUGUUUAAGACUCCAGGUUUGGGGGAUUUCUUAUAACCCCAUUUGUGCAUUUGCAGUCUUCUAGAUCUCGUGAGAUGAAGCAAAAGGUGAUGAACGUAUAGCUAAGGUUGUUUUAAAGAAAGGGAAAACCCAGUUAUUUCGGGAUGGAAGCCCGAUGGUCUAUAGCGGUGCGGUUGAUAGAAUAAUUGGCAGACCUCCACCUACAACAGGAGAUGUUGUUUUUGUUACUGAUGGAACCCAAAAGCCAAUUGGAUGGGGUUUGUAUAAUUCAGUCUCUAUGUUUUGUGUACGUCUCAUGCAAUUAGAAGAAGACGCAAGAAGAGAUUCAUCUUCUAUUUUGAAUAUGGAGAAGUUGCUAGAGACAAGGAUCGAUGAUGCUAUAGAUUUACGUAGGCGAAUAGGGCUUCCUUCUGGAGUUACUAAUGCAUAUCGUCUUGUGAAUAGCGAAGGGGACAGGUUGUCUGGUCUCAUAAUUGAUGUUUUUGGAGACUUUGCUGUUAUUGCUUCAUCAGCUGCUUGGGUUGAGAAAUAUAGAUCAGAGAUAGAAAUACUUGUUCGGAGAAUCAGUGAGAUAAAUCAUUUGAAAUGGAGGCCAUAUGCUGAAAUCUUAAAAGAAGAAGGAGUGCAUUUAGAUGAACCAAAUGCAUCUGAUCUAUCAAAUAUUGAUGAAAGAGUGAAGGUUCUGGAGAAUGGGAUUCAUUAUCAGGUCUUACUUGAUGGACAAAAAACAGGGUUUUAUGCAGAUCAGAGAGAAAGUCGUCUCUUCAUAUCUUCGAUUUCCAAGGGUAGUAAAGUAUUAGAUGUUUGCUGCUACACUGGUGGAUUUAGUUUAAAUGCAGCACAUGGAGGUGCUAUUGAGGUUACUGGCAUUGAUUCGUCAUCCUCUGCCUUGGAGAUUGCCAAAGAAAAUGUCCUUCUAAAUAAUAUGGAUCCGAACAGAAUUUCAUUUUUAAAGGAAGAUGCAUCUGAGUUCAUGAAAAAUGCUGCUUCUAGAGGGGAAGCUUGGGAUCUCGUUAUAUUGGAUCCACCAAAGCUGGCACCCUGUCGUAAGGUUCUCCAACGUGCUACUGGCAUGUACCGGAAUUUGAAUUCAUUGGCAUUGCGAAUAACAAAGAAAGGUGGUCUUCUUAUGACAUGUUCUUGUUCAGGAGCUAUGACACAGAGUGGAACUUUCCUACGCACUCUUCAGGGAGCAGCUUCGAUGGCGGGUAGAAAGAUCACAGUUUUACGUCAAGCUGGUGCGGCCUCCGAUCACCCUGUUGAUCCAUCAUACCCUGAGGGUUCUUAUCUUUCCAACGUCUUGCUUAGGGUUACAUGAAUGGGAUUGAGAAGGCCCUUACUUGUAAGACAGUUUUAAACCUUUUUAACAAAAUUAAUGUUGAGUGGCUCUUUCUUUCCAUCACAACUGGAGGAGGAAAAAUAAAAGGAAAAAGAAAAUUAAAAAGAUAGAAAAAGCUGUGUAAUCUUAAGUUAGAUCAUUUGUCUAUGCUCUUAUGGGACAACUUGAUGUAUACCUUUUAUAUGGAAUGAAUGGUUAUUUAUAA